AUGAAUUUCAUAAAUAACAGGUUUGAGGAUAUUGAGAAAGAACAGGCAGAAGCUAAGAAAACUAGUAAGGAAUUGCUUGAAGAUAACCUUAAAAUGAAAAGUAUUGUAUCGAAACUUAACAUGCGACUUAUUUCUGCGGAACAACGUGUUAAUAUAAUAGAGGAUGAAAUUGAGUUAAAGUUACUAAGUGAAAGAUGUCAGCAACUAGCCGCAAUACAAAAUAAUCCAAAACCAUUUUGGUCUCAUGUCAAAGAAAAGCGCGGUGGUACUAGCGGAUACCCCAUCGCUAUGACAAAUGGUCAGGAAACUACUUCUGAUGGAUUUAAGAUAUGUAAAAAGUCAGUGCAGCGAGUGGCUUGA